AUGGCCUUAAAGGGUUCAAGAAAAACCUUAGUUCUUGUCCUUGCACUGAUAAUCAUCCCGUUCCUCGGCCAGACCGAAGCCCAGGGCCUGCCCAGUCCCCGUCGACCUCCACCACCACCACCUCCACGCCGACCUCCACCUCCACCUCCCCGUCGGCCUCCACCUCCACCACCAUCGACGUGCCUACCAUGUGUGUGUCCAACAUUACCACCAACAACCCCUCUUAGUCCACCAAUAACAUUACCACUGCCUCCACCAAAUAACCAGCCACCAAUGUCUCCACGAAACAAUCAACCACCUCAAACUCCUCCAAUGCGCCCUCCAACCAUACCACCUCAGGCUCCUCCACCAAAUAUCACACCGAUAAUUACAGACAUAUUACCAGUGCGACCUCCAACUAGACCACCGCAGACUCCACCAGCACGUCCUCCACUUACACCACCCCAAGCUCCUCCAACCACACCACCACAAACUCCUCCAGUGCGUCCUCCAACCAUACCACCACAGGCUCCUCCACCAAAUAUCACACCGAUAAUUACAGACAUAUUACCAGUGCGGCCUCCAACUAUACCACCGCAGACUCCACCAGUGCGUCCUCCACUUACACCACCCCAAGCUCCUCCAACCACACCUCCACAAACUCCACCAGUGCGUCCUCCAAUAACACCAACGCAAGCUCCACCAACCAGACCACCACAGAUUUCACCAAUGCGUCCUCCAGUUACACCAACCCAAGCUCCACCAACUACACCACCACAGUCUCCACCACCAGUGCGCCCUCCAGUUACACCACCCCAAACUCCUCCAAUCAGACCACCUCAGACACCACCUCAAACUCCUCCAACCACACCACCACAGGCUCCACCAAUGCGUCCACCAAUCACACCACCACCACCCCCACCGCAUACUCCACCUCCACCCCCACCUCAAACUCCACCACCACCUCCCCCACCUGGUAGAUGUCCCAGGAAUUCCCGCCAAAUAAGGGCAUGUUCCAAUGUUGUAAGACAUUUCGGCAAUUACCUAGACUUUGGAAUGGCGCAGCCAUGUUGCAACCUCAUCCGCGAUCUAUCUGAUGCUGAUGCAGCUGCUUGCCUAUGUGAUUUGGUGCAACCAGGAGGUCGACGACCUUCCCCUCCUUCUCGCAAUAUCACUGUCCUUUGUAGGGCUUGUGGCCGCAGGAUCCCCCGAGGCUUUACCUGCCCAUAA